CAAGGAAAUAAGUAACCAAAUGAUUGAAUGCAGAAGAACAGACUUGAUCUGAUAAAAUACCUAAUCUAGUCAGCAUAGUUUAAAGUUUACAAACACCAGAUCGAGAGGGGUACCAGGAUCUUCUUUGCAGAUAAUGUGACACUUCACCAUUUACUUCAUGAAGUGGAACCUAAUUGCUCGGUGUUCUACGCAAACAGAGCACGAGAUAGUCACGACAGUGAGAGAUGAAGUUUGUUCUCUUGAUGAUCAGCUCUUCUCCAUAGCAAUAUGUGGGAAACUAUCAAAGGUUUCCUUCGACGGCACAGAAGGAAAUUUUUCAUCACAGGAGCAGUUGUCGGUGGAGUUUACCUGCUUAGUCGCUACGCAAGAUGGCGUUUUGCAGAGUGGCAGCGACAGCAAGAAAUGGAAUACGUCGAACAGGCAAGGAAACAACACCAUUUUGAGAGCAAUCAGAGAACUUGUACCAUUACGUUAUUCUCCUUGGUGCCAAAUUUACGCGAUGCGUUGAUGGAGAAACUCAACUGCGAAGCAAUAACUGGAAAACUUCGUGAACGGCCUUCUAACAAGUUAGAGCUUUGGGAGCAACUGAAAGUUCUCAGUUUUACCCGUACUAUAGCGUCAGUGUACUCAUCAUGCAUGCUGUUUGUGUUCCUAAGAGUGCAGCUGAACAUUAUUGGGGGUUACUUGUAUCUAGAUAGCUUGACGAUGACGGGAGAAGCCUCGAAUGGAAAAAAUGGAAAGAAGGUACACAUUGCUGAGGGACUACAGAAGAGGUACCUUGCCGUGGUUAGAUACCUGAUGGGUGAUGGACUGGAUUUUUUGAUAGAAGAGAUCAGGAGAACUGUAGAAGGUAAAACUAAUGGUUGAUGGACUUCCUUUCUUUGAGCUAUUUCCAAGCUGCCAAAGAAGAUAGCUCAGAGAAAUGGCUGUUUAACACUUACUAAUUUGAAUAGGGCACCGAAAAUAUAUUUCAUUCGACCUAACUCUUUCCCGAGAAAGUUUACAUUUACAGAGUCACACAGAAGAACUAAUCUGUUGCAACCCAUUUCCUCAAUAGCCAGAUUAGCAAAAAAAAAAAAUACACUUAAUCCUUUCAUCUCAACAUUAUAUUUUUACCCCUAAGUACACAAUAUUAAUACAUACAUUUUCCUUGAUUUGCUGAGUACCACAAAGCUGUGAAUCUAAGUAUUAGCAAGCUACUUGUAGAAAAUGCUGAAACAAUUUAGAAAUUUGACUCCAAUUCUUUCACCCAUAGGUGAAUUUGUAAACAAAACAUUAUGUGAGUAUGAGAGCGAUCUUUGCAGCAAUGAACACUACUUAAAUAAGUAUCAGUGAAAAUAAGGCCUGAAAAAAAUUUCAGCUUGUAUGGGAUUUGAAUCCAAGACCUCUGCAAUACCAUUGCAGUGCUCUACCAACUGAGCUAAAAAGCCAAUUGGGAGCUGGGCAUUAUGUUGUUUCCAAAUAAACCCAUAAAGUGAUGCAUGAAACCUGAUGUGUCUGUGAAAUGCAGAAGAACUAAGCUAUUUGAAUUGCAAUAACAGAUGAAGAAUUAAUACAACUUUUUCAGAAAUUUUGGUAUAAAACAAAGCUUUGUGAUAAUUUGCAGCAGUUUAAAGGGGGAUCUGAAGCCUCAAAUUGAACCAUUUUAUAUUAUAAAUCAAACACUUUUUUCAGUCUUUGGGCUCAACUUAGUGUUGAUAUAUUAAAUAGUUUUAUAUCGUAUCUUAACCCAGUAGCAUUGCAGCUUAGGAAAUUGAUAUCAGCAGUCAAUAUUAUGUCACUGGUGGAGGCACUCUUUGCUUCAAACCUUGCUUGUGGCAGACUUAUAAAGUUUUGUGGCUCUUAAUGGGGAUUGAAUUUGAAAAUGGAAUAAUAAUGCACAGUUCUUACAGAAAAUUUUAGGCUUCAGGCUGGGCUAGGAUUGGCUGGGGAUGUCAUAAAUCGAUCAGUGAAUAUGUUUGUGUUGUUUAUCUAGUCAUUCUUUUAACUUCGCAUCAACUAUUUUAUAUGGUUGUCCAUGUACUAUUUCUUUUCCCCAGUAAUCACAUUUGAAAUAUUCAAUACUUUCAUAUACUCAAUAUAUUUGAAAACCUUAUCAGCUCAGUAGUCUGCAGGAUAGAGAUCUACAGCAAAACUUGAUGCAUUUGUAUGCAAUCCUGAGCCCAGUUUAGUGAGUCACAAUGAGUUGUUACAUUAGGUAAUGUAGAGAGAUGUGUUUGUGCAUAUGGUAUGCUUAGUAAAAACUUUUUUGCAAACAUGGUGUGAACUUCUUCAAGGUUAGUAUUAAUUUUAUUUUGAGAAAGAAUUGGUUUUGUUAGGCUCUCUUAACUUCAUUUGUGUAAACAUUUACAUUGCUUCCCACAAAAGGGGUAAAGUGAUACAGUAUUUACUAUUUGUCUAAUUCAGUGUAUAACCAUCAGUAAUUUAUUCACAGUGUAUUGCACAGCAUUUGCAUGUACCAUUGAUUAGAGUAAAAGUAAAAUCAUUGCAAAACAUGGAGUAAGCUACCAAAUACCAAACUCUUAAAAGAAAUUGGCUGGCAAAAAAAAGGAAAAAGGGAACUUCAAAUUGAAUUUUCUGGUAAAUAACAAGAAGUGAUUGAAAUAAAUACUGAUACUUUAUCGUAUUCCUCCAAAGCUAACCAGAAAUGAAUGCCAAAAAAAUUACAAUUUUAGGCUUCAGUUUUCCUGAUAUUGACAUCUCCAUUGACUCAGCUGUAGAGGAGAACCUUUUUAAGUCAAACUGGACCAUUAUUACAACUCUAUUGCAUCAGUGCUACAGUUUUAUUUGGUGGUUUUAAGUUUAAGAAAGCAGUAUUAUCUGCCAAAAAGAGUUUAAGAAAAAAAUUUCAUUAAACUUGAUUCAUGUUAUGGUAUGCAAUAACAAUAUCAUAAACUUAAGGUAUUUAAGAAGUUGUGUAUUACAAUUAAUAGCUAUAAUACAAAAAGACUGGUUUGACAGGUUCCUGGUAAUCAUAUGUUGGGGUGAUCUCAAAUGGUUUAAAACUGUAUGGCAAUAAUUUCAUUCAAUUUGUUCAUGUUGAUAUUGUUGUCUAGGUCACUCCUUGUUCAAUGUCUUAUUUCUCAGGUUCCUUUUGCAAUUUGUCAAAAAACACUUUUCAAUGGUUGCUGAAGUUUCCUAGUUGACUAAGGAAAAUACCAAUGUGAAGCCAAUACAUGAAAAAAUGACCAUCAUGUUGAUAAUGUUUUAAAGCUUAAUUUUUUAUUUUUCAUGAUUUCAUGUUCACCUUGUCUUUCAGACAUUUUAGGUGAGAUAUCAUUGAAAGAAAAGUUCAGCCUUGAGGAACUGACACGACUCAUCAAACACAUACGACAGUCAAUGGAAUUUCCAAAUCACAGUGUACCCAUCAAUGGCAAAUUAAAAGAUGCCUCAAACCAGCCAACUAAGAAUGGUCAUCACAUGAGACCACUCACAAAAUUCAUGCUGCCCACAGAUGUUGAAAGCUUGUGUGACACAGUUGGUAAAGAAGGAGAUGAUAACUUCAAGAAUUUAAUAGGGGAAACUCUUGAUAUUCUGGAAAGUGAGGACUGUCUGUAUGUGUUAAAGAUGUGUUUAGAUGCUGGAUUUGCUCAUGUCAUACACAAUAUGAUUCCCUUCUUUCAAGCUGAGGAACUAGGUGAGUUCAUAAGCCUCUACUUUUAAAUUCUACACAUGUGUACAUGCUACUAAUACAAAGAAAUACCUAUUGCAUGUACAGGGAUGUAGAUAGGAGCUGGCAGCUGGAAAAAAUUAUCAGGUUUUUCCCGAAAAAAUUUCCAGCUGAUGAAUUUUGAAGGAUGAUAUACAACUGCCAAAAUAGAUAAUACAUUAAAAUAUUGUGAUGAACAAAAUACACAAUUGAACACAUUAUGAAAUUAAAAUAUUUGGUUUAGUUUUCUUUGUAAUACGCUUUGUGUAAAUACAUGCACAAUUACAUGUAUUUGUGUUAUUUUAGUCAUUGCAUGUGACAGCACAGUUUGACAGUUUGUCUGAGAUGUGAAUUUAUCCUACAUUUCUGAUAAUCACCCUGUUAUUUUAUGUGUAGUCCAAUCAAGAAUUGAUUGCUAUUGGUCUUAACUCAGAAAUCAAUUGAGUCAUAUUCAAAAAUGCUUUUAAGAUCCUUUCCUUUCUGUUUCAUAUUUGUAACAUUUGAAAUCAGUUUUCAUUUGCAUUUUUGUAAGAGAAAUAAUUAUUAUGGAAGAGUUACAUAUAUUCCUGUACUACUCUUACAUGUGAUUAGCUCUGUGAGCAAACAGGUCAUGGUCUUUUCUGAUUAUUUUAGAUUGAACUCUAGUUAAUGGUUAAUAUUUUUCAAACUUGUACAACUUAUACCUGACAUUUUCAACAGAACUUGGUGCUGUUGGAGGCAUUGAGCUUGAAUCAACCCUUGAUCUCCCACUGGCCAAAAUCAUUCCUAUUAUUAAUGGACAGAUUAACCAUGUCUUGUGUGACUCGGAUAACAACUACUUCCAAGACUUGUUCAAAGUUGGAUCUGCAAGAGACUUUGCAGCAAACAUUUAUGAAGCAUUCAGCUUUGAGUUGGAUUAGAUGUCUGCAAAUAAGCCAACAUCACAACUGACCAUACAGACAUAGAACAGGCCUUGAGGGGCCUUGAGGGGCCUUGAGGGGCCUUGAGACCUCAGACUGUAGAUUUCCUCAUGUGCUGUAAGGUUUAAUGUAAGGCAGUAAAGGAUAGAUCAUGUGAAGAUGUACAGCGCAUGUGUAGCCUUUUUUAUCCAUCUUCCAAAAUGAGAGUGUAGGCUCCUAAAGGGACUGGAGAUAAUUGUAUCAGCAAGUAAUUGAGGUCUCUGUGGACUGUGCUUUAUUCCUAAUUCUCACUUCUGGUUUUGUAAAUUUUUUAAUUUACAAAAUUAACCAGAAGUUUUUGCUGUUAAAUGUACUUGGUUUUUUGAUACAUUUUGGUUUAUUAGUGGUAAACUUCUUACUUGCUUCUUAGAUAAUUGAUCCAUGCCUCCAAUGUAAAUACACAUAUCAUAACAAUGAUAUACAUGAUUGUGUAACUACUGGUAAUCAAUUCAUACAACAGAAAUAGUCAUGAUUCAAUCAUAAACCAAUUUUCAUACCUAAAUAUAACAAAAUGUCUUCCGUAAGACCAAUGCUUCCCUGCAAGUUGCAAGUUGGUAUUAUGCAAUGUCUGUUUUACUUAAAUGUAAAAUUAGACUUCAUGAUUCUUGUUGAUGAACCUGCAAUGAUUAUUUAGUUAUUUAUAGAGAUGUGUUGGGGGGGAGGGGGGGCUCAGAAGACUCAGAAGACUGUGAUUGGUUUAGCAUGUCAG